AUGCCCGCUCGGAAUCCUAGAUUGCCUAGGUAUCCGAGACCAGUGUCACCUAUUUCUGCCGACGAGAUCCCCAUUUGUGAGGAUACAGCCGUUUAUCGAGAUCUGACGGACGAGGCUGCGGAAAGUUCAGAGCAGAGAGCAGCUAGAAGACGACGAAUCGAGUCCCACAGCGCAGCGUAUCUCCGUGGCCGGCCUUUAUUUAUUCUCACGGCUCAACUAAGAGGGCCCUUUGACAGCGGGUGGAAGGAUCCUUGGGCCAGAAAUACCACUACGAAUACAAAGGAGACAGUAACAAGCCAACAGCGUUCUCUACCAGCUACCAAGCUUGCUCAAGGGAAGAAGCAGGAUUUUACAAUCUCAAAGGCAGAGUCCAAUCGGAUUCCAACAAGAGGAAAUGAGCGGCGGGAAGAGAGCAUUAGCGCACCUCCCAAGAAGAAGGAUGAGUCUUUGCCCGGGGACAGCAAGGUGAGAGAUUGGUUGAGGAGGAAUACGAAGUAUCAGCGGUCAGGAAACAGCCAGCAUUACUUGACCCCUCCAUCACCAAGUGAAGGCAAGGCGACGGAGCGGGCAGCUCCAAGACCAAACAUCGAUCCGACUGCCUCAGUAGACGAUGUGGUCAGCGUCGCGGAUCAACGGGAUCUCCCUUCUGGCACCCUGAGGCACUCCCAGGAAUUUCAGACCUGUCUUUCAUCCCCUCUCAAUUCGCCGAUCCCAGAAGCUGCUCCGCUAGCGCGGUCUUGCUUCACAUCCCCACCAAGGCAAGAGGACCAGGACGGACAUAUCUACUUUAAGCAUCGUCACAGGGCGGCGAAGCAGUCGAGGACAGAAUACGCGACUACAAGAUCGAGACGUGGGGCAGAACGUCAUACCUCGCCCGUCGGCAACCGACUUUCUCGUUACCCUGGCCCUAAGGACAGCUGCGAAAGAGCAACGGCUUCAGGUGAAUCUCUAUCUGGUCUCGGAUUACAACCUCUUGCGAAGAAGAAUCUGAAUAGAUCCGAGCCUGCCAAACAUGUGACGCCGGGACUGAACGAUGGUUCAGACAUAGUUCCCAACGCACGAGACAGACCUCCACCUCUGUGCUUGACGGAAGAAACUACAAAAUCUAGCAUGACUGCCGAGUUGCCAUCUGCUCAAGUACCACCACUUCCGGUGCUGGCCUCCCUUCCUUCAAACAUUUCCAGUCACAGAGACAUGCUUCGCGAUGCCGUGAACCACUGUAAUGACGAAGCUAUCGACGCUGGGAACCGGAAAAGAGCCGCGGUCGUUGACGUACUGAUCGCUGAGAUUGAUCCUGCAUCAGUUGUGUGGUCCACGAAUGAAGCUGGCAGUGGUAAACGAAAAGCUGCCUCUCCAGUGGGUAACAGAGCCAAAAGACGACUUAUACCUGUGACGGAACACCUCGCACCGGACUCAACUCGAGGGUCGAUAAAAUCGAUUCUCAAAGUAGCAAAGCCAAGCGUCACGAUCCAGGACAAAAUCACCGUCUCCAAGACAGCUCUGCUCCAUGGAGAGGACCAGCAACCUGACGGAGACGAUGGGCAUCGCCCGGCGGUGACCGGCCCGGAACCCCCGAAAUUGUCACCGGCUUCCGCCCCGAGGAGUAUCCUCAAAUCGUCCGCGCAGAGUUUGACGAAAGUGCUACCUAAUCCCGGUUCGUCAUCGGACAAGCAGGAUGCACAACGACAACAGUUGCUCAAAAUCGUCGAUGCCGAUGACGACUUUGACGUGGAACGUGCCAUGGACGAAUUGGGCUCUUAUUUGGGCACCUGGGACGUGGAAAGAAAGCUUACAUAUGUCGAUCUCUAA